AUGGCUUCUAUGAAAACCCUUGAACAGCUUCUUGUUAAGGAACUGAAGCGGGAGCUCCGCGAGCGUGGGCUGACGUUAGGCGGAAACAGAGAUGCCUUGGCAACACGUCUCCGGCAAGCCCUGCUGGAUGAAGAUGAGGACCCAGACACAUAUUUGUUCGAAUUAAAACCGGAUGUGGUGGAGCUCAUGAUUGCAAUGCAGGUACAGAUGAACUCGGGUCAGAAAAACAUCAAAGAAAAAGACAAAAUGGAUUCGGGAAUCAAAACCGAGUUGUUGACCAUGAAUCAGCGCAUACAAGGCAUGGAGGAGACAAUAAACCAAAGAAUAAACACCAUAGACGAGCAGAUGAAGCAAAGGGUUGACGCUGUGGAAAAGGCCAUUGAAUAA